GAGCGGGCCGGGCUGCGGCCGCUGCUCCAAGGGCUGCUGGCUGGCGGCGCAGGCUCGGCCAUGGGCGAUUACCAGAUCUCGGUGGAGGAGCUGAACGACCUCCUGUCUAACGAGAGCGGCUGCUACAGCCUGCCCAGCGCGCACAGCAACGAGGUGGUGCCGCGCAUCCACGUGGGGAACGCGUUCAUAGCCAAGAACAUUAUGAGGCUGCAGCGUCUGGGGAUAACCCAUGUUCUGAAUGCAGCAGAGGGGAAGUCAUUCAUGCAUGUGAACACUAAUGCAGAGUUCUAUGAAGGCACAGGCAUCAGAUACCAUGGCAUUAAAGCCAACGACACGCAGGACUUUAACCUCAGCCGCUAUUUUGAGGAGGCAGCUGAUUUUAUUGACAAAGCCCUUUCCCAGAAGGAUGGCCAGGUGUUCGUGCACUGCCGGGAGGGCUACAGCCGCUCGCCCACGCUGGUCAUCGCCUACCUGAUGCUGCGGCAGCACAUGGACGUCCGCAGCGCGCUGUGCGCCGUGCGCCAGAAGCGCGAGAUCGGCCCCAACGACGGCUUCCUCCGGCAGCUCUGCCAGCUCAACGAGCGCCUGCUCAAGGAGGGCAAGCUCAAGACCUAGAAUGCAGCGCUGCGGGAUUUAUUUUUUUUUUAAGUUUCUCAAGCCUUUAGAGACCCAAAGUUGCAAGCACCAGGCUAAAGUGAAACAGAAUUGCUGCUUGUCUAGUGAAAGUGUCCUUCUUGAACUCUGUGGCUGUCUUUAAAGAUGGUACCAAAUUGUGUCACUGUUUGGAGCUGUUGGCAUGAGGAGAUGUUUCUAGAGAGAUAACUCCAGUGACAACAGCUGUCUUCACACGUAUUUCAGACUCCAUAGCAUAUAUGGUUUGCAUUGACAUUGAAUGUGAUUCAUUUAAGCUUUGUCUUUAUUCUCACCAGAGCACCAGUUCCUGAAAGCCCCAACACAUCUCUUCACUCACUCUUAAUAGGAGCACUGUAAUUUCUAAUGCUUCUGUUUCAUGUACACACGUGCCUAAAGUUUCAGUGUAGGAGCUUCAAGGAAUGGGAAGCAUAUAGACAAAUGCACAAAUGCAUUCACUUGGAAAAUGAAGUGCUUGGAGUGUUUUGUGUGGAUUUAUGCAACACACAGUGUGAUAGUGAAACCAUCCAGAGCCCAUGUUUGAUGCACACUGUGUUUCCAAGAAUAGUUUAUCUCUUGCUGUUACAAUGGACAUGAAAUAGUCUGUUAUUAAAUGGCCUUUUCUUUCAAAAUCAUACUAGAAAAUAAUGUCAAGAGCAAAUGCUGAGGGAAGAACUUGAACAAGGAAGAAAUAAUAUUAGUAUUUAGAAGUGCUUGUGGUGGAUGUAUAAUUAAGUCCUAAAUAUCCUAAUAUGAAUGGCUUUCAAAGCUUAUAUGGAAUUACAGUGUUUUUAUCCCUUCUUUACUGUCACUGUUCAGUAUCAGAAUGGAAUGACCACAGUGCAGAUCACUUCCAGCACGGGUGUGCUUACAAAGCAGUUUGCAGAAGAGCACUCUUCACUUCUUGGAUUGCUUGCAUGGUGUCAUUAAACAGAAAUGAGCAUUGUAAUGUACCACACUGUAUAGGAAAUAUUUAUGUUCUGUUCAAAUAAAUGAUGUCUUGAUUCUG